CCCCCAUCCACCGUUCUCGCCACCACAACAAAACCAACUCCCGCAUCCCGGCCCAGACUACUAGCAUCAACUUAACCGAAUAAUCUAGAGAAAUACGCCAUUAACUACGAAACUCUGCCCUUAGAAGAAGCCAAGGUAGGGGUUCAGCUGUUUUUUCCCGCUAUCAAUUUCAAUUCACCGAAGAGUUAGAGAGAGAGAGAGAGAGAGAGAGAUGGAUUCUGACGAAGAAGACUUCGUGUUCGUCGGAACACCGAUUGAGAGGGAAGAAGAUACCAUCAGUCGCAAGAAAAAGGCGGUCGCUGAAUCUUCUUCUCAACUCCGUACCCUUCCUUCUUGGAAACAAGAGGUUAGAGAUGAAGAAGGGAGGAGAAGAUUUCAUGGAGCAUUCACAGGAGGGUUUUCUGCAGGUUUUUACAAUACAGUGGGCUCACAGGAAGGUUGGACUCCACAGACAUUCUCAUCUUCCAGGAAGAGCAGAACUGAAUUUAAAAAGCAGAGCGUUUUGGAUUUCCUGGACGAAGAUGAAAAAGAUGAAAUGGGAGGUCACCUUUUGGGAACAUCAUCACAGUUUGAUACCUUUGGAUUUACAGCUGCAGAGCUUGCUCGUAAACAAGCUGAGAAAGAGCAAAAGCAGAGGCCAUCAGCUAUUCCGGGUCCUAUUCCUGAUGAAUUAAUUGCUCCUGCUGCAGAAUCUAUUGGUGUAAAGUUGCUAUUGAAGAUGGGGUGGCGACAUGGUCGAUCAAUAAAGGAUUCAUCCACUGCUUCCCUCCAGGAGGUCCGCCGAGAAGGUAGAAAGGCAUUUCUUGCUCUUUCUUCUGCUGAUAAAACUGCUGAUGUUGGUGGCUCUGAGUCCUAUAAGAAUGGCCCGGACGGCCUCAAGGAGGAGCCUGCUACUUAUGAUGUUCAGUCUACUCAGGGCACACCAGUAUAUGUUCGUCAGCCAAAGCAGGACUUGUAUGGAUUAGGCUAUGAUCCAUACAAGCAUGCUCCAGAAUUUAGGGAAAUGAAAAGGUCACGCUUAUCAGACAAUAUAGAGACAGGAUUUAGAAAACCUUUCUCAUCAAGACAAGAACUUGUCACUGCCAAGUCAGGAAGGCUUGCUCCUGGUUUUGGCAUUGGAGCCUUGGAGGAACUUGAUGUUGAGGACGAGGACGUCUAUUCAGCUGGAAAUGAUUAUAUUGAUACUUAUCUUCCAAAUGAUGACGACGAGCUCUUGAGAUUGCAAAUAGAUGAUGGGCAAAAGACAGCUGGAGUGGACGGUGGUGCUUUUCCUAGGUUCAGAUGUGCAUCUAAUACUGAGUAUCAGCUGGAAAGAUUUGAUCCUCCAAUUGUUCCUAAGGAUUUUGUGCCACGACACAAAUUUCCUGCUCCUCUUGAAACCAACAACCUGAUGAGUGAUCUCCCUCCUCAAGAGUUUCCACCUCCCGAGGAUAAUGAUCUUAAAGUCAUGAUUGAAGGAGUUGCUGUUCUGGUGGCUCGUUGUGGUAAAUUAAUUGAAGAUAUCUCUAGAGAGAAGAAUCAGUCCAAUCCAUUGUUUAAUUUCCUUAAUGGUGGAAGUGGCCAUGAGUAUUAUGCAAGGAAGCUGUGGGAGGCAAAACAGAAGUGUAGUGAUCAAAUCAGAAUGCGCCCAGAUGAUAAGUUAAAUGCUACUGUGCAGAAAAUGACUGCUGAGAGCCGUGGGAAAAUCUUAGGUGAAAAGCCCCUGGAGAGGGCGAUGAACGAUUCAUUUUCUGAUGCUGCUGCUGCUUCUGCUCAUGUUCAAUCCAAUCUGUCAGAUACAUUCACCAAGCCUGAAGUUUUUAGGGAACUCCUCGAAACUGCGAAGCCUUAUAAAGAUGAUCCAGCAAAGCAAGAAAGAUUUGAGCAGUUCUUGAAGGAUAAAUAUCAGGGAGGACUUCGUGCAACUGAUACAGGUAAAGCAACUUGUAUGACAGAAGGUGCUCGAGCUCGUGAGAGAUUGGAUUUUGAGGCUGCUGCCGAGGCAAUAGAGAAAAGCAAAUCGGUCAACCAAAACAAGCUCUCUGUUCAGCAAUUAUUGGACUUCACUAUGGCUACAGGAAUGCAAUUUACUUCUGGUGCAGUUGAGCAUGGGAAGGAUAGCUCUACUGAAGAGGUGUUAUCAAAGAAGAUGUAUCCAAAGCGUGAAGAGUUCCAAUGGCGGCCUGCACCUUUAUUAUGCAAGCGUUUUGACAUUGUUGAUCCUUAUAUGGGGAAGCCACCUCCUGCUCCAAGGAUGAGAGGAAAGCUGGAUUCUCUCAUUUUUACCCCAGAUACGGCAAAAAUUACGAGGACAGAGGAUGUGACUAUGCCUAAUGACCAGUCUAUGCUUUCAAAAAGUAAUGAAGAGCUGUCCGUAGACAUGAGUGGCAAGGAAGCUGAAGUUAAUGUGGAGAUUGAAAAUGUUGAACGGCCGGUGGACCUGUACAAGGCUAUUUUCUCUGAUGAUUCUGCUGAUGAAGCAGACGUAUCUACUAUUAAUCAAACAGAAGAUCCAGAAAAGAAGACUGAAGCUGCCAGUGCUGCUCUAAGUCGAAUAGUAGCGGGUGACUUCUUGGAGUCUCUGGGUAAAGAGCUUGGCUUAGAGGUUCCUCCAGACCUUCCUCCUGCAUUUACUAAAGCUGGCACCUCUGCGCCUCAUGAAGUUACUCAAGAUUCUAGAGGUACUGAUAUCAUGUCAAAGGAUUUGCUAUCAUCUGCUUCUUUGGAUGUUUCUGAAGCCCCUGGAGCUCUGGACAGAAAAAUCUCAAAUCAGGUGGUUGAUAAAAAGGACAGACCCCAACAACAAUCACCUGUAAGUGGAAAGGAUAUCAUGACUCCUAGUUCUCAGAGUGUCAACAAUAAGAUAAAAAUUGAGAAGCCGCGGAGCAGGAAGGAGAAACAUGAGUACAGGAGUUCAUCCUCGGAAGACGAAAGGAGUAGAAAACGGUCUAGGAAGCAUCACCAUAGACACAACAGUUCAGAUGAUGAUUCUUCUGAUGAUUCUAGAAGUCGGUAUUCUUCGAGGUCAAGAGACGACAGAAAAAGGUCUUCUCGGAAGAAGCAUCGGAGAAGGCAUUCGAAGCAUAGGUGAGAAUGGAAUGAUUACUCGGUGGAUGCUGCACACCUCAAGAAAAAGAGACCAAGGGCUUCUGAAAUCCGUGUGUAGAUGAUUUAGGCCAAGUGUAUCAGGAGGAACAAUACUACAUCUACCCGGUGGGUAUUUAACUCACUAGUGAUAGACCAUCAAAAAUUGAUAAAAGUUGAUGACUAGGAUUCUAGUAUAACUUAAGGUCUAUCUCGAGUGGGGUAGAUAAAGUAUUUCCCUAAAGAAGAGUGUCGUUCAAGCAUUGGAGACUGGCGGGCUAUGCUACCAACCAUUGUGCUAUCUGCGGCAUAAAGAAAUGAUUUGUUUUUCUUAUGCCUUUCAGUGAUUGCCUGGGACUGAGAAAUAUACUUGUAUAUUCCUUUUUGUAACGUUGAAAAAUAAGCACAAAAAUGGAAAAGGAAUUGAAAAUCAAAGGAAAAAAAAACAAGGGCGUUGGAAUGGUAGGAAUGGCUUUUUCUUUCUAUAUGUUGCUUAAUUAAAGUGUAUCAGUAAGGAUGAGUAAUUACGGUAGUGCUGAUAUCUUAGAUAUUGUUGACUUCGUGUUUGUAUGCCCGUAAGUUGUGACGACUAACUUGAGUUUUCAUUUUUUGAACCGUGUCAAGGGAUAAUAUGAAAUAUUAGGACCAAGAUUAGAAAGCCAAAACAGUGGGUAUAUUGGUUGUAAAUGUAAAAUAACUAUCGUCAGAGAAUUCUUUGUUCUUUAUAUGAUUCUCUAAUUUUCUCA